GCUCUGCUGUCUUCCAUCGUCUGCCUCCUUAUCUCUUCCUUUUGAUCCCAUUUUCAUUCACAGAACAUUUUCGAGGUACCCACUUUAAAUCUUUACCUUCUCGUUUCAGAUCCACAUUUCUUUAAGGUUUUGUUCGCCGAUCUGAUCAUUUGUUGCUAUUUUCCCGCACUUCAUUUCCGUCUUUGAGAAACAAAAGGCUUGAAAAUGGGUCGUGGAGUUAGCAGCGGUGGUGGACAGAGUUCCUUGGGCUACCUGUUUGGAGGUGGAGAGCCGGCCAACAAUGUGCAAGCUUCUAAGAAACCCAAUGGAUCUUCUCAGCCUACCUCUUCUACUUCACAACCUGCUGAUAAACACAUACCUGCUGGCAUUCCGGGGAAUCAUACUAACAAUUACCAUAGAGCAGAUGGACAGAACUGUGGCAACUUUAUCACGGAUCGUCCAUCGACCAAGGUUCACGCCGCACCUGGUGGCGGAUCUUCUCUGGACUUCCUGUUCGGAAACGGCAAGAGCUAAGUUGGUUAAGAACCAAGAAAGACCCACGAUUGGUGGCUAUCAUAUGUAAACUACAACAUUAUAUAUUUCUACUUAUGCACGAGGUUGUCUCCUCAUGGUCAGAACUGUAGGCAUGCGCUGGUGCUGAUGGGCACUUUAUGAUGCUUUGUUUGAAACAAAAGUGAUUAUUGUAUCUUGUUCUCCUCUGAAUCUCUAGCAUUCGCCUGUUUAUGAACUCUUAUGUUUGGCUUUCGCCAUUAAUUUGAAUUCUGAAUAACAUCACA